AUCACCCUUCGCGGCCCGGAGAUGGAGCCUAGGAACCGCGUCCUCCGGCGUUUUCCUAACCACCACGAGUAUUUCAUUAGAGCGCAAUUCUGCGACGAAGAUGGACAGGAUGUCUACUUCAACUCCCGUGUGGAUAAUGAAAAGAUCAUUCAUCGGUUCAAGUCGAUUUUCAACCAGGGUAUUGAGAUCGCCGGGCGGACCUACGGUUUCCUUGGCUUCUCGCAUUCGUCACUGCGAUCGCAUUCGGCUUGGUUCUCCGCCCCGUUCGUCGACGACAACGGCACUUUCCAAACGUAUUUUUCCAUCAUCAAGGCGCUAGGGGACUUCUCCCACAUCACGUCGCCGGCCAGGUGUGCCGCGAGAAUCGGCCAGGCCUUCUCGGAGACGCCUUUUGCGUUGCCACUUGAAGACAACGAUGUACGUGUUACGGAAAUUCCGGAUGUCAAAUCUCUGGAUGGCUCUCGCGUAUUCAGCGAUGGCGUCGGGACCAUUUCUCGGUCAGUUAUGGAAGCCCUGUGGGUCAACCUCCCGUCCGAGAAAGGAAGGCCAACCUGUUUUCAAAUCCGUCUUGGAGGUGCAAAAGGCAUGCUCGCACUGGAUCCUUGCUUGACCGGGUCUGUCAUCUGUGUGCGUCCUUCAAUGGUCAAGUUUCCCAGCAAUGCAAUGCAGGACCUCGAAAUCUGUGACGUGGCAUCCAGGCCUAUUCCACUCGUGCUCAAUCGACAGGUGAUUAAAAUCAUGGAAGAUAUGGGUGUGCCGGUUGACUGGUUUUUCAAGCUACAGAAACGCUGCCUAUCGGAUCUACACGCAGCGACAGCCACAACCGCGGCGGCAGCCAAGUUCAUUAAACGACAUGACAUCGCUCCGGCGCUCCGACUGCACAGGCUACUUCAGCGCUGUGACUUCCUACACAUGGACUACCGUGAAGAGCCUUUCAUCACUUCCGUCGUAGGCGCUGUGGCCCUCAGCGAGUUGCGUCUGCUGAAACACAAAGCCCGCAUUCCCGUCAGCAAGGGCACAACCUUGUAUGGCAUUAUGGACGAAACAAAUUUCCUCCAGUCAGGGCAGGUGUACAUCACAUAUGAUACACUGGGCGAUCGUUUCGAGUUCCCCCCUCCGCCAGGACUAGUACUAGUUACACGAUCUCCAGCGCUAUGUAACGGCGAUAUCCAAAUUGCCUACAACAACCCACCUCCCGCGUCUCAUCCGCUGCGCCAGCUUCGGAAUUGCAUCGUGUUCAGCCAGCUCGGCCAACGCGACUUACCCAGUCAGCUCAGCGGGGGGGAUCUUGACGGUGAUCUGUACAAUAUCAUUUGGGAUACGGAAGCAAUCCCGCAGACCACUUUCAGUCCAGCCGACUACCCGAAUGUCCAGCCCAUGGAUAUAGGAAGGCCAGUGGGCAAGGAUGACAUGGCCGACUUCUUCGUAGAUUUCAUGAAGACGGACUGUCUGGGCGUUAUCGCAACGCGCCACAUGAUUAUCGCCGAUCAAGAGAAGUUGGGAACAUCACAUCCAAACUGCAAGAAGCUGGCGCAGCUGCAUUCCGCCGCCGUAGAUUUCUCCAAGACGGGAAACCCAGUUAACAUAAAAGAUCUGCCCUGGGCAAAUCCACACAGGCCUGACUUUCUAGCACCCGGACCGCAGACCAAGUUGCGUGACAGAGCUGAAAUCGACCUGGAAAAGUACAUAAUUCAGCCCAAGGAAGACGAAAUUAUGCGGCCUGUAUAUAAAUACUACAAAUCGAAUAAAUUACUUGGAAAGCUGUACCGCGCCAUCGACGAGCAAAAGAUCUGGAAGCAGAAUAUCCGUCCUAUGCGUAUCGUCGCAACAACCUCAUUUUGGAGUCGGUUCAUCCAAGGUGUGAUCACAAAGUGUAACAGACGCGGGCCUAUUCGCUGGCUAGACCACUGCGACACUGCUCGGCGCCUUCGAGUUGUGUACGAAGAGGCUGUUUUCUCAGCCAUGAGCAACUUCUCCGAACAUCCAGUAAAGCCAAUUAGCGAACUGGAAGUCUUUAUUGGCUGCAUUCUGAAUAAUACAGGUGUCCAGACGCGCCGCCAGCGCGAGAGAUCCAUCAGACUCAAAGACGAGUUUGAUCGCAUUACUGCCUUGAUUAUGGCUCAAUUGAGGCCCCAUGGCAAUACCGUUGUUCCCCUGACGGGUUACGAAUCUGAAAUGGACGCUUUAGAGUUAUGCUUAGCUUGUGUACAUAUAGGUGGCGAAAGAAGCUCUUUUGCCAGCGAACGGUACCGCCGUGACGGAUCGGGUGAGCUGGGGAGCUUUCGGAUUGUCGCAGCGUGCGCGCUACUGGCCGAGGCAGAUAUGUUCGAACAGGGCAAAUAGGGGAGUGAUCUGUGAUGAGGGUCAGGCAUCAGUUUAUAUGAUAGAAAUCUCGGUACUAGAUACUAGCAUUCAAGUUUUUUUUAUUUCAAAACACGCAUUCCGAAAUGGAAAGCGUUUAAUGGAAUACCCAAGCACCCAACUUCAAAGGCCUGGACAAAAUCUUAGCUAUCCUUUAUCUUCGUUCUAUGUCCGGCAGGUGGUAGACACGUGUCGGGGUCCAGGCUUCUCGUGUUCCAGUGACAUGGUAGAUCAACACGCCAAAAAAUGGGAAGCAGGCAUCUUGGCUAUUCGUUGUUGACGUUGUAGGAAGCGUGUCAGAGUUUUACGACGCGUCAGGAUUGCAUCCAGCCACACUGGGUCACCACCCCCAUCUCCAUCG